AUGGCAAGACUCCAACAGGGCAUGAGCCACAUGCAGAGAAUGUUGGAAGCCUGCAUGGAUAUGCAGCUGGAGUUACAGCGAUCUGUCAGGCAGGAAGUUUCUGCCGCUUUGAAUAGAUCAGCUGGUGAAAAAGGCUUGAGUGCAGAAACAUCGGAAGAUGGGUCUAAAUGGGGUCAUGUGAGGGAAGGGACUUGCUGUGUUUGUUGUGAUAACCAUAUCGAUUCACUUUUGUACAGAUGUGGACACAUGUGCACAUGUUCAAAAUGUGCGAAUGAGUUGGUUCGUGGUGGAGGAAAAUGCCCAUUGUGUCGAGCACCUAUAGUGGAGGUAAUCCAUGCAUACUAAUACUGUAGAGAGAUGAAAGAACAGAAUGACCGGUAAGGUCUAAGAGAGGCAAUGUCAUUAAAGGUUCCAAUCUAUAGUUGUUGUUGCCGGUGUUUUCCCACGUGCGGUGUAUAAUUGGAAUAACAAUUGGCAUCAUUGAUUCAUCAUUUCCACGUAAAUAAAAUGUCGUCCAUAAUUUUGUUUUUCUGUCUCCUCUCUUUUUCUUCCAACCUUUUCCAAUUCAUUAGAUAUUUUCUAUCUUCUUAGGGUAAUCAAACAAGUUUGCUUCUAAAGCCUAGAAGCCUGAGCCAGCUAGCCCAUAUGAAAGACUCCUUUUUGGCUUUAAGUUGGUUUGGAAAUACUGCAAGUUUGGGAGAUAUAGCUGCUGGUUCCAAGCUUUGUCCUUGAUAAAAAAUUAAACAUCAACACUAAUCCAAUGACCCCCUUUUGAACCCUAAAUCUAUAUGAAAAUCCAAUUAAGAAAUGCAAUAAACAUAUCGAAAUUCAAGUCUCCUAAGAAGGUGAAAGCUUUUGUUUUCAACUUUGGUCACUCUGCUUCUCUGAUUUUUUUUUUUAUUGAAUUUGUAUUCAAAACAAU